AUGGCGGACGAUCAACCGAUCAACGAGAACGGCGAAGACCUGCCCGACAACCAGAAGAACCAAAAGAAAGUGGCCAAAUACGACAGCGGAGCGGCCGAUUUGGAAAAGGUGACCGACUACGCCGAGGAGAAGGAGAUCUACACGCAGGACGUCGCCAACGCGAUCUCCGCCAUCGGCGACAGACGCAACAAGGACGCCUUGGAGAAGCAGGCCAGGGAGAAGGAGCUGCUCAAAGUGUCGAUAAAGAAAGAGGACGUCGAUUUGAUCUCUCUUUAUAUGGUAGAAACAACAACAAUCGAUUACACAUACAAAUAUAGUUGGCAACGUUGCGUUAGAAGGAAGAUUAUCUUCGAUGGAAAAUUCCACUAA